GGGCGGUAUCAUAUAUAUACUAAUAUAAUACUAGUAUUAAAAUCCACUGUCAUAAUGAGCAUGCUUUAGUUUGGCAGACUUAGAAAACAAGUGGGGGAAAGUAUUCUAUUUUUUUAUGCGUAUUAGGUCCGAUUGAAAUUAACAAUUCUACAAUGUCUAUGCGACCCGAUGAUCACAGACGAAAAUGGAACAGAGAAGAAUACGAAAGAAUAGCUCUUCAGCGUCUCCAAGAUGAGAUUGCUGAAGAGGAGCUGGGAAUUCCAAAACAACCAGCUGUAAAAAGGGAAUUGCUUAAACAACGAGAUUAUAAAGUCGAUCUUGAAUCUAAAUUAGGAAAGAGUGUUGUUAUUAACAAAAACACACCAUCUUCCCAGACUGGUGGAUACUAUUGCAAUGUCUGUGAUUGCGUUGUGAAGGAUUCAAUUAAUUUCUUAGACCACAUCAAUGGAACAAAACAUCAGCGUAAUUUGGGUAUGUCAAUGAAGAUAGAACGUUCUACGUUGGAUCAAGUUAAAGCCCGUUUUGCAAUGAAUAAGAUGAAGUUAGAAGAGAAAAAAAAGGACUACGAUUUAGAACAAAGAGUAAAAGAAUUAAAGGAAGAGGAGGAGAAGAUUAAAGAAUACAGGAAAGAGAAGAAGAAAGAUAAGAAAAGAAAAAUUGAAGAAGCAAACGAAGACAAUGGGGGACCUUCCGAUGAAAUGGCCGCGAUAAUGGGUUUCUCAGGUUUUGGCUCUAAGAAAAAGUGAUAACGAUCUAUUUAUGGGUAAUUCAUGAAAAAGAAUGCCUUUUGAUAACGCAUCUUUAGUAAAGACAAUGGUCAUUUAACCGAUAACUUGCAAAUGUUUCAUUUGAAAUAUAACAUUGAACACUGCACAUUGAUCAGGGAUAAAUAAGACUGAUCUUAGAAAAGAAAAGCUUUCUUUGAUAUCAAUAUUUAAGUUUUCACACACGCGUAACAAUUUAAUUUAUACAUUUCUUGUAUGAUCAAUGUUGUAAGUGUAUAGAUAUUUAUCUCCGCUCGAAAUAUCGAAGAGCAAUUAAGUCGUUAAACAUAAUGAAAGUAUGCUAAUUUAGUAAAUAAACAUUAAUUGAUAGAAGCAAAUAUUGUAACAUAGAUUUGGCCUUACGAAUUACAUUUACCGUUAUUAGACCUUAGAUUUACAGCAAUACACAAAUUAAGCUUUAUAAAAUAUAUUUACCGUUUUUCUGGACCAGCAACGUAACAAA